GGAGAAAAAAACACGGCAGUCACAGGAAACCGAAGAGGAGGACGAUGACGGAGAGGAGAAGAAAUCAAAGUCGAGAAGGAAAGGUAAGAUCAGCACUCCAGAUUGUGCCACAAAGAAGAAAUACAAACACGCUGAGGACACAGAAUCGCUCAGCGAUGCAUCCGAGGUGAAGAAGAAGAAGAAGAAGAAGAAGAAGAAGACCUCAAGGCAGGAGGAUGAAGAGGUGAAGAGUAGUGAAGAUGAACACCAGAACCUUCCAGAUGUUGUUCAAGUGAGCAAAAAGAGCACAAAGAAGAAUCAAAACCCUGCGGAGAGCAUCAUGGGAUCCAAAGACAAGAAGUCCAAGGAUGAGGGGAAGAAGAAGAAGAAAGCCAAGAAAGAAGAAUCAGAGGAGGAGGAUGACGACUCCCAGAAGAAGAAGAAGAAGAAGUCCAAGAAAGGAGCCGAUGAUAGCGAUGACGAGGGCAAGAAGGGAAAGGGCAAGAAGAAGAAGUCCAAAAACGUUGAUUAUGUGGAGAUUUAUGAGAACGAGCUGAGAAACUACGAGCCUGAGAAAGUGGAGAACUAUGAAGAUGAGUACCACAAGAAAAAAGUCUAUGAGGUGGUGACCAUCACCGGAGAUGUCAACGGAGCCGGAACGGAUGCCAACAUCUUCAUCACGCUCUUCGGCGAAUAUGGCAUCACUCCCAAACUGCAUCUGGCCAGCAAAAAUCGAACUGCUUUUGAAAAAAACAAAACUGAUGUCUUCCGGAUAAAAACACACAAUGUCGGCCCUUUGAAAAAAGUUAGGAUUGAACAUGAUAACACGGGUCUGAACGCCAGCUGGUUUCUGGACCGGGUCGUGGUCACUGACAUGAACAGACCGCAUUUACGCUUCUACUUCGCCUGCAACAACUGGCUGAGCAGAACCGAAGGGGACAGCCUGUUCGUCCGAGACCUGCUGGGUAGUCUGGACCCCAUGGACAUGCCCAAAUAUAAUAAAUAUGUUGUGAGCGUGUUCACACCUGACGUGAAAGGCAGUGGGACAGAUGCUGAUGUCUUUCUCAACAUUUUUGGGGAAAAUGGUGAUACAGGAGAGAGACGACUAGACAAUGAUAAAAACAACUUUGAGAGGGGAACCGAAGACAAGUUCACCGUAGAGGCUCCGAACCUGGGCAGAGUGAGGAAAAUAACCAUCGGACACAACAACAAGGGAUCCUCGGCUGGAUGGUUUGUGGAAAAGGUCAUAGUGGAUGAUUUGGGAAACAAGGCCGUGUACGAGUUUCCCAUCGGCCGCUGGUUUGCCAUCGAUGAGGAUGAUGGGAAGAUACAGAGAGAUGUUCUGGUUGGAGGCAGUCAACCCACCGGCAUCGUGUACAACGUUCAGGUGGUGACAGGGAAGAUCAGAGGUGCAGGUACCAACUCCAAAAUCCACAUGAUCAUGCACGGCUCCAAAGGAAUGAAGAACAGCGGCAAGAUCUUCCUGGAAGGAGGGACGUUUGAGCGCGGCCUCACCGACAUCUUUAACGUGGAGAUCGCGGCGCUGCUCAGUCCGCUCAGCCGAGUCACGAUCGGUCACGAUAACGGAGGCGUCAGUGCCGGCUGGUACUGCGACAAGGUGGUCAUCUUCUGUCCGUUCACUGGCAUCGAGCAGACGUUCCCCUGCUCUAAAUGGCUGGAUGAGGACGAGGCUGACGGGCUCAUCGAGAGGGAACUGUAUGAAAUGGUGUCGCUCAGGCAGAAGAGGCAAAAAAAGCAUCCCUGGUCUCUCUGGAUCUGGACGUCAGAUCUUCCAGGCGCGGGAACAGACGCAUCUGUCUUACUCCAGAUAUACGGAGAGAAGGGCAAGUCGGACGAGAUGAGACUCACCAACAAAACCGAUAACUUUGAGCAGGGCCAGCUGGACAAGUUCAUGAUUGAACUACCGGAUCUUGGGAAGCUGUUUAAACUCAGAAUCUGGCAUGAGAAGAGAAAUCCCUUCGCCGGCUGGCAUUUAAGUCGAAUGUCCAUAAUGAAAACUUUAACAAAGGAAACAUAUAAAUUCCCAUGUGAGCGCUGGCUGGACGCUAAUGAGGACGAUAACGAGGUGGUGCGAGAGCUUCCAGCCACCGGAGAUCUCAUCCCUGAACCUCUGCCACUUAUCAAGUAUCGCAUCACAGUGUACACCGGGAGCGUGAGCGGUGGAGGAACAGAUGCACAUGUGUUUCUGUGUCUUGUCGGGGAUCAGGGCAACACCGGCGACCGCGCUUUGAUCAACUGCAAAAACAACGUCAACAAGUUUGAGAAGGGCAACGCGGAUGAAUUCAUCAUUGAGGCCGUGUCCAUCGGUCAGGUGCGCAGGAUAAGAAUUGGUCACGACGGCCACGGCGGAGGCUGCGGAUGGUUCGUGGAUAAAGCAGUCAUCAGAGAAGAAGGCCAGGCCGAAUCACAGGCCGUCGAGUUCCCAUGCAACAGAUGGUUCGACCACAAUGAAGACGACGGGCAGAUUGUUCGUGAGUUGGUGCCAUUCGCAGACGGACAGAGACUUUACAACGUCAGCUAUCACAUCGCAGUGAAGACAGGUAACGUCAGUGGAGGAAGUUCAGACUCUAAAGUGUUUGUGAAGUUCUACGGUGAGAAGGGAGACACCAGCAGAAUGAUGCUCGUGGUCUCAGACAACAACCUGCGCAAUUACUUCGAGGCGGGCCGGGUGGAUGUUUUCACCGUCGACACCGCUGACAUCGGCCAGAUCAACCGGCUCCUGAUAGGUCACUCUAAUGAAGGGAUGCGCGCUGGCUGGUUUCUGGACAGCGUUCAGAUCAUGGUGCCAAAUCACGGCAAACACUACAUGUUCCCCAGUCACCGCUGGCUGUGCAGAGACGAGGCUGAUGGGAAGACGGAGGUGGAGAUUUACCCCAGUGAAAUACUGGACGUUGAACAAUUGAUAAACUAUGAGAUCACGGUUCUGACGGGGGACGUCUUUGCUGGUGGCACAAAUGCCAAUGUUUUUAUCCAAAUCUACGGAGAUCAAGGAAAGACGGAGGUGCUCCAAAUCGCCAGCAGGUCAAACAACUAUGAGAGAGCAGCAACAGACAUAUUCAAGAUUGAGGCUAAAGAAGUGGGGAAGAUCUUCAAGAUCCGCAUUAGCAAUGAUGACUCGGGCGUAGGAGCCGGAUGGUACCUGGAACGGGUGGAGAUCAAGCGUCUGAUAAUGGCCAUGGUCCCCAAAGAGAAGAAAGAAGAUAAAAAGAAGAAGAAGAAUAAGAAAAAGAAGAGCGAGGAGGAUGAAGACGAGGAAGGCGGUGAGGAGGAGAUGCGUGAGGUGGUCUUGACCUACUCAUUCCCCUGCGAUCGCUGGCUGGCUUCUGAUGAGGAGGACGGAGAGAUGGUGGUGGAACUUCUGCCAGAGGACAACGAGGAGCUGGAGGAAAACACAUACGAAGUCCACAUCUUCACGGGAAACAUGAUGGGGGCCGGAAGUGAUGCCAACGUGUUCAUAAACUUCUACGGAGAGAACGGAGAUACUGGAGAACGACCCUUGAGAAAGUCCAAUCAUCUCAACAAAUUUGAACGUGGACAGGAGGACACGUUCUCCAUCACAGCUGUGGAACUGGGGCCUUUGAAGAAACUAAGGAUCCGUCACGAUAACAGCCAUCAGUCAGCCUGGUACCUAGACAGGGUGGAGAUCGUGGACACUAAAGAUGACACCACGUAUUACUUCCCCUGUAACCGCUGGCUGGCGGUUGAUGAAGAUGAUGGUCAGAUUGCGCGAGAGCUCGUUCCUGUGGAUGAGGCCUUCAUGAGGAAGGACGAGGAUGAGGAGGAGUCUGGGGCCACACUGGGUUUAGAGCAGAAAGCAAUGUCGACAACAUACACAUUGAGGAUCAAGACUGGAGAAAAGAAACACGCUGGAACAGACGCCAAUAUCUUUGCGAUUCUGUAUGGAGAGAAUGACGACACGGGACUCAUUAACCUGAAAGCCUCUAAAUCACACAAAAACAAGUUUGAGAAAGGAAUGAUCGAUGAAUUUAUCGUGGAGGCCGUUGAUCUCGGAGAACUCCAGAAAUUGAGAAUUGGCCAUGACAACUCAGGAGGGUCGGCUGGAUGGUUCCUGGACUGGGUGGAGAUCAAUGCUCCUUCUCAAGGACAGAGGCUUCGUUUCCCAUGUGGCCGCUGGCUGGACACAGGAGAAGACGAUGGAGUUGUUGUCAGAGAUCUGUAUCCAGCGGAGCUACAGACUGAACUUUACACGCCGUUCGUUCCCUAUGAGAUCACCACCUUCACGAGUGACGUGUUCGCUGCAGGGACAGACGCGGAUGUUUUCAUCGUUCUGUACGGUCAGAAGGGUAUGUGUACGCAGCAGAAGUACCUGUGUGUGAACAAGAGAGAACGACGCAUGUACUUCGAGAGAUCAGCAGAAGACAUGUUCAUUGUAGAGCUGGAAGACAUAGGGGAUGUCAUAGAGAAGAUCCGCAUCGGACACGAUAACCAAGGGACGAACCCCGGCUGGCAUCUGGACAGAGUGGAAAUCAGAAGACUUUUGAGGAAAGGAAAGGGUUCGGAGACGACCAUCUUCCCCUGUGAACGCUGGCUGGCCAAGUCUGAGGAUGACGGCGAGACGGUGAGAGAGGUGGUGUCUUCGGAGAUCAUCACGGAGAAGCUGCUGAGAGACGGGACGCUCAAACACAACGAGAUCGAGGUGGAGGAUGCUCUGGAGACUCACACGUAUAAGGUGUCGGUGAGGACGGGGGACAUGCACGGAGCCGGCACCGAUGCCAAUGUGUUCCUGACCAUCUACGGAGAUCUGGGAGACACCGGAGAACGCAAGCUCAGCAAAUCUGAGAGCAACGGCAACAAGUUUGAGAGAGGAGCCGUUGACAAGUUCAGCAUUGAAGCCGUGGAUCUGGGUCAGGUCUAUAAGAUCAAAAUCCAGCAUGACAAUUCUCUGGCUGGAGCUGACUGGUAUCUGGAUCAGGUGGAGGUGGUGGAUGUGGAGACAGAAGAGGUUUACAUGUUUCUGUGUGAACGCUGGCUCUCCAUUAAGAAAGAGGACAAGUGCAUCGAGAGGACCUUCUUUGUCAAGGGAUACGAGGGUGAGAGGAACCCUCAAAACGCAAAGAAGAACAUGCAGAACUCUAAAGCAGGUCUUGACAGCAACAUGAACAAGAAGAAGAAGAAGAAAAAGGCUGUUAUAAUGGAGGAGGGUCCGAUGAUCCCGUACCACUUCACAGUGUCCACCGGAGACGAUCAUGACGCCAGCACCACCAGUCGGGUUUACGUUAUCAUCAUAGGUGAUCAUGGCUGCAGUAAUUCUUCAAACGAUGUAGAAGAGCGUCAGGAACAGCCGUGUUUGCAUUUGGGUCAUAACGGAGCGACUCCCGAGAGCUGCUGGCUGGUGGACGAGCUGUCGGUGGCCGUUCCCACCAAAGGCAUUCAGUACAGCUUUCUGUGCAAGUGCUGGCUGGCCAAAGACAGAGGAGACGGUCUGACGGCCAGAGUCCUAAACAUACUGGACGCCACCACCAUCAGCAUCAUCCGGAAGGUGGUUUAUGAGGUGACGGUGGUCACGGGUGACACUCAGAAUGCAGGAACGGACACCAACAUCUUCAUAAGCGUGUUUGGGGCCAACGGGAGCAUGGAGGAGAUGCUCCUCGCCAAACAUGCGGACAGGUUUGAAAGAGGACAGGAAGACACGUUUAACCUGGAGAUCGAUGAUAUCGCGCCCCUGAAAAAGCUCCGCGUUCGCAUCGACGGGACGGGAAGUCGUCCUGAUUGGUUCCUCGACAAGAUAAUCAUGAGAAACCUGAGCACGGAGGAGGUGUAUGUGUUCACCUACGAGGAGUGGCUCUCCAAGACCAAAGGACCCAAGAGGACCAAGGUCUGUGAACUCUCUGCGGUCGUGGACGACGAGGAGAUGGUGGAGAAAACCACAUACACCAUCCAGGUUAAAACCAGUGACAGCGCUGGUCCGGCUCCUGGAUGGCAUCUGGAGUAUGUCGACGUGAAGGACGACCUGCUGGAUCAAACCUUCCGCUUUCCCUGCGACCGAUGGCUGGCCAAAAGUGAGGACGACGGGCAAAUCAUGAGGGAGCUGGCAUGUGCCAAUAACGAUAUUCUGGAUCUCAGUGACAAGACCAAAUAUGAAAUUGAGAUCACAACAGCCAACUCUGAAGAUGCCGAGACGAAGGAGAAUGUCUGGAUCAUUCUGGAGGGAAAAAAAGGACGUUCAAAGGAGUUUAUGAUGGAAAACUCAAAAAAGAAGAAGUUUUUGCGUGCUGCCACGGAUUCAUUCGAGUUUUCCUCUAAAAAUGUGGGCGAGAUCGUGAGUAUUUGUUUGGGCCAUAUAACGAAGGAGAAGAAGGUGAAGAACGAGUCUUUCUGGCACGUGCAGGAGGUGGUGAUCACGGAGAAAGAGCUGAGAAACAAAUUCUACUUCACAUGCGACGCUCGGAUUCCACUGGCAGGACUCUACAAGAACCGAAUGAGCCAUAUUUUUGCUCUAAGUCUGAGCAGAGCCUGA